CCUCUCUCUCAGCCCAGGCCAGCCCCUCACUCGUGCCCUGCCCAGGCCCCUCCCUGUGGGGGACUGGGCUGAGGGGAGGGGCGGGGUGCAUUCACAUUUUCAGGUCUUUCCAGCCCUUGGCCAGCCUGGCAGCCUGACGAACCAGCUUCUCCGGCCUCGGUGUUGGGGGAGGGGCGCAGCAGGAGGCUGCCAGACCAGCCCCAGGCUGUGGAUGUGGCGGAAGGUGGCUGCCAUGGGGCUCGCCCAGAGGCGGCCUCACUCACUGCUGCUGCUCCUCUUGGUGGCGCUGGUCUGGCCCCAGCCCUGCACGAGCCUAGAGCUGAUCCCCUACACGCCGCAGAUCACAGCCGGGGACCUGGAAGGGAAGGUGACGGCCUCCACGUUCUCCUUGGAGCAGCCGCGCUGCGCGCUGGACGGUCACGCCGGGGCGGCCGACACCGUCUGGCUGGUGGUGGCCUUUAGCAACGCCUCUAGGGACUUCCAGAACCCGAAGACACUGGCUGAGAUCCCAGCUUCCCCACAGCUGCUGACGGACGGCCACUACAUGACGCUGCCCCUGUCCCGGGACCAGCUGCCCUGCGAGGAUCCCGUGGGCGACAGCCGCAUCGCCGUGCUGCGGGUGGGCAAUGACCCUGACUGCCUGGCGGACCUCGGCCAGCCCGCCUACUGCAACACCCCCCUCCCGGACCCGGGGCCUUACAGGGUGAAGUUCCUCCUGAUGGACGCUGGGGGCUCACCCCAGGCCGAGACCAGAUGGUCUGACCCCAUCACUCUCCACCAAGGGAAGUCUCCAGGCGCCAUCGACACGUGGCCGGGGCGGCGGAGUGGUGGCAUGAUCGUUAUCACCUCCAUCCUCUCCUCUCUGGCCGGCCUCCUGCUCCUGGCCUUCCUGGCGGCCUCCACUGUGCGCUUCUCCAGCCUGUGGUGGCCCGAGGAGGUCCCUGAGCAGCUUCGGAUCGGCUCCUUCAGGGGCAGGCGCUACGUGACCCACCACAUCCCGCCCAGCGAAGUGGCCACCCUGCCCGUGGGCUGCGAGCCUGGCCUGGACCCCCUCCCCAGCCUCAGUCCCUAGCCUGGCCUGCGUGCCUGGGGCUGGGGCGCUGAGCGGGGGCGAGGGGGAGACAGGGUACAGUGCUCCUUCUCACCCACAUGGCCCACCCCAUCACACUCCCCCCACCCCGCCUUCCCUGAAACCCCACCCCUAGCCACCAGAAUACAUUCCCAUUCUGCCCCUGCCCCCACCUGCCCCCCCCCCCGCCCCCUCAGGCAACUGAAGUUGUAUGAGGGGAGUUUGGGCAAAGGCUAUGGUCAGGCUGGGUACCCAGCCCCCACCUCCAUGCCUACCCCUUGCGAGCUGAGGCUGGAGGUAACGUGGAAAGGCCACCCUGACCGGGAACUGCCAGGCCCCAGGAGCAGGCCGUGCUCUGCCCUGUGCAGGGAGCAGAACUGGGCCCAUCACUGAGGCUGUGAGGCCUGCGCCUCCCGGCCCCUCCGUCCCACCUGCCAGUGUCUGGGGCUGCAGUGAAGUCUCCAAAGGCCCCUUCGUGGUCCCUGGGCACAGGCCCUUCCUGAGGGUGGCUAGAAGGUCAGAUGGAGCGUAGAUGCAUGAAUGACCAGCUGGCCACUGAUUAGGGCCGCCGCUUCCAACCCCCUUGCACACACAGACAGAUCUACUCACUUUCAUUCCACAAAAGUGCAUUGAGUGCCUGCUGCAUGCCGUGCACAGUGUUAGACAGGGGGCCUCAGGCACGUCUUGGGGAGCUCACUCAUUGCUCUGGGCCUCAGAUGACCACAUGCCCAGAUGUAACCUGUCACAUACCCUGGGGCUCACACUCCCCUAGACAGCUACUCUAAUGGGUCUUUGGGUACCAUGACCAGCCCUCACUGGAGGACAGGCUUUAUUCCCCUGCCUCCAUUGGCCCACAAACUUUGUGGUACCCGCCAUGGCCACACGAGGGCGCCAGUGCACCGCAGCUGUUGCCGCACAGCCCCGCAGGCUCGCUGCUCUUCACGGACUGGGCGGACUGGGCGGAGGGCUCCCGCCUGGUGGCUCAGUAGGGUCUCUCUGGUGGUCAGGGCUCCAGGCCCCAUCUUGACCAAGCCAGAGGGAUGAGCAGCCACCUCCCACUUGAGGGCCCACUGCGUGCUUUCCGAACCACAGCCCCCACCGUUUUCUAGACGCAGAAACGGAGGCUCAGUGACUUGCCUGUUGUGCUCUAUCCACGGCCACCUGGCCCCAUAUACCCUGGCCACACUAGACUGCCUAUGGCGCUCUGUGGGGCCUGAGGGCACAGGCGCCCUCUCUUUCGAGGUGAAUAAACGCUGUCUGGCUUUCCCA